CUGCUGUUAGUUGCAUCAUUUGGGUUACUAUCCUCUUCUACUCCUUACCAAAAAGUCCAAAAUCCUUCAUUUAUUUUUUCUUGUAACCAACAAGAAUAUGUCAACAAUUAAAAGCGGCAGGGAAAACAGUAGCAAUAUUAUGGCUCAACCAUUUCUCCAUGAAUUCAAGAAACAAGCUUCUUUCUUCCUUAAGGAGAAGAUCAACACAGCCAGAUUGGCCUUGACUGAUGUUACACCAACUCAGAUAUUGACAGAAGAAGCUACAAAUGGAAAUCCAGGUGCACCAGACACAAGAACACUAAAAAUGAUUUCCAAGGCAGCUUUUGAAGUUGAUGAUUACUGGAGAAUUGUUGGGAUCCUCCACAAAAAAUUGUCAAGAUUUGAUAGAAAGAAUUGGAGGGUGUCAUAUAAAGCUGUGAUGGUGCUGGAACACUUGUUGACUCAUGGACCUGAAAGUGUUGCAGAGGAAUUCCAAAGUGAUAAAGAUGUUAUCAGGGAAAUGGAAAGCUUUCAACUCAUUGAUGAGAAAGGAUUCAACUGGGGACUAAAUGUUAGGAAGAAAUCAGAGAGGAUAUUGAAGCUGCUAGAAAGUGGACAACUACUCAAAGAAGAGAGAAACAAAGCCAGGAAAAUAUCAAGAGGUAUCGAAGGUUUUGGGAGCUUCAACAUUAGAACUAGUUCAGGUGAAGGAAUUUUAGAGGAAUCAACAAUUAAACCUUAUGGAAGGUCUAAUUCUCAGUUUAAUGAUCAUGGAAAUGAGGAUGAUGAAAACUCAAGUUUCAAUAGUGAAGUGCAAGUUAGUGAGAAAGUGGAUGAUGAGUACUUAGUUUCUGGGAUUUCUUGUAUUAGUUUCAAAGAAAACAUGGCUCCAACUGAGGAAAUGCAUAAGUGGAACUUCAAAGGAGAAUCAAAAGCACUUUUGGAAGCAGAACCAAGAAUGGGAUGUUUGUCAGAAGAGGAUCAUCCUUUCAGUGAAACCGACCGAUUAACAUCAGUCUCCCUACUUUCUUCUGGAGAUCAAGUCCUUCAAGCAUGUAAAUAGGACGCUCCGGUUUUAAUCUCUCUGGAGUGUAUGUAUGUUGAAUAGUUGUUUUAUGCGUUCAUCUAUCUCUCAGGAGCAGUUGUAUUGUUUUCCCGGAGAUUGGUGUAUUAGAGCUAAGAACAACUAAUUGGUUGUUCCCUUAUAGGCUUAUACCACUACUAGCUGUUUUGAGCUUCUGUUGUAACCUACAGGGUAAAGCGAAGCAGAUUUGCAACUGUACUGCUAUUUCAAGUUCAUGGAAUAACUACUACUGAUGCUGAUAUUUCCUAAUA